UCAAAACAUUUUUUUAUGUCUCUGAUGUCAAUUGCAAUAAUCAAAAAUGUGCUGAUGCAUGUGAUGUAGAUUGAAAGAAUGUUCAUGAAAGUUUAGGCAUUCAAAAUCAUACACGUUAUCUAGGGUGUAUAAUUUAUAUAUUUUUUUUUUGAAUUAAAAAAAUCGUACACAUCCCCGUAGGGUACCCCACUGUGAAUUUCUCCCACGGCAUGGGCCAGGGCUGAGGACGGGAGACUUUCACAAAUGUUUCGCUUUAAAGUGAUUUCUCGUUAGUGAGUCAUUUCUGUUGGAGUAAGAGCCAAAUGGAGAAUCAGUGGUUAAGAUAAGGAUUGGCGAAAAAAAAAAUAACGUCUGAAAACAAAGGAAUGUGCAAUAUGGAAUAACAUUAUACAUAGUGUAUUGGGGUGUUGAUGUGUAUUGAGACGUACGUACAUACGUACAAUGUGUAUUGAGACCUACUGUGUGAAUUCAACGGUAGUCUACAGUUCAAAGGGGCGUGAUGGAGGACGAGAAGAUAGAACGUCUAAGGGAGAGAAUUCUGCAGUGUCCGAUUUGUAUCGACGAAUACAAAGACCCGCGAAUUCUACCCUGUCAUCACACGGUGUGUUUGAACUGCCUCCUUGAUUACGUCAGACAUUCGUCAUCAUCGGGCCGUCUGUUCCGCUGCCCACAGUGCCGAUCCGACAUCUGUGUGCCACGCGGAGGGGUCAAAGAUUUCCCGCCAAAUUUCUACGUCAAUUGCAUUCAGGAUGAAUUGGGGUCGCGACCUUAUUUUGGGAUCUGUGAUAUUUGCGAGCGAGACUGGCUCAUUUCUCAGUACAGAUGUGUGGACUGUGAUCUUGAUAUUUGUAGGUUCUGCAUUCACGAACAUAAACUUUUCAAACACGGAGCCGGAAGGGAAGUCAUGAUCAUGCGUAUAGAAACUGGCAAUAUUGCGUCAUUUAUGGCGUCGGAGAAAGGCUGCGAGGUUCAUUCUGGAGAGACAUUACAAAUGUUUUGUUGCACGUGUGAGACCGCCGUCUGCGUAACUUGCGUGUGCGAAGUCCACAAGAAACACGAAACGAUGCCACUGGUAAAGAAAUUGAUGGCAUCUCAAAAGGAACUUCAGUUUGACCUGGACGAUUUAAAAGCUGAAGUCAAAUCAACGCAAGAUUCUUUAACCGAGUUACGCCAGCUGCGAUCAAAAAUCCACGAGAGUUCAGAAAGCACGAUGUCCUCAAUACGUCAACGGGCGCGAGAAAUUUCGAUGGAGAUGGAUAAAGUCGCGGAUGAAAAAGUAGAGAGGAUCCGAACGACAACAGGCACAGUUCUACAAGAGAUUGAUGGUUACCUCAAAGAGAUGGAGGGCCUUCACGACCAGGCAAAGAAAGGGUGUGGAUUCCUGGAGGACCUACAGGAAGAUGACGUCAGCUUGGAGUUGUUCGCUAGCUUUACCAAGUAUAAGAAGGGUCUAGAAGUGGUCCGAAAGUCGGUGCAAAAUAAAUUGAUAGUUACACAAACGCCCGUUUUUGAACCAGGAAAAUUAAAACAAUUUUUUGUAUUUCACUUGUUUCGCUUUGGAGACCUCCAGUUUCGAAAACAAAAAACGUUGUUUUUAAAACAAGACAUAAACUUAAGUUUUUCGAGGUCUUCCAAAUCUAAAAAGUUAUGUUGCGUGAUGAAAAAGUUGUUAUACUUUUUAUUUUUUGUACUCGUGGCUUCUGGACUGAUAAUUUUGACCAAUGAUAUCCGGACAUCAGAUCACGUGUGUCUCGCGCAGUGGAUUGGUUGGCUGUUCUUCUUGCACCUCACUGUUACCGGUGGUUUCGCUUUCUACAAAUCAAGAAGAUAACAAAUAGCAAUACUAUAUAUAGCAAGUGCACACAUGCUUGUACGAAAAACUUCCAUUUGCAGGAUUACUUCUGUAUCUGAUUAUUUAUUCUAGAAUGUACUUUGCAAUAAAAUCAUAAAUAACA